GACUGUAGUUUCAGCUCUGCAGGGGUCCAUGAUGGGGUCCAUGAGGACACUACGGUGUUCAGCCGGAUCUUCCAGAUCCUCUACCGAAACCAAGAGGUCAACGUCAAUGACCGCAUGCUCUUCAAGGUCCACCUGCUGCUGGACGGGGAGAGGGUGAGACACACAUACACACACACACAAUCACACGAUCACACAAUCUCACACACGCUCAAUUUAACCACUUGAAGAGUUUAUUUCCAAAACGCUAUAUCCACCAAUUUUUCACGUUUGUGUUUUUUCAUCAGAAAUAAUUGCUUAUGGGUACCUUCAUAUGUGUGUGUAAAAUAUUACUGUUCUCAGGUUUUUAAUUCAGCGAUUUUAGAUGUGUAUGAAAAUGUUAGUUUUUUUUGCAAAACGCUAUACAUCAUUUACAUUUACAUUUACAUCAUUUAGCAGACGCUCUUAUCCAGAGGGACAACCACUUUUUUAUAUGUUUUUAUUAUUAUUUAUUUUUUAUGGGGGGUGGGGGAAGAAGGAUUACUUUUAUACUAUUCCAGGUAUUCCUUAAAGAGGUAGGGUUUCAAGUGUCUCCGGAAGGUGGUCAGUGACUCCGCUGUCCUGGCGUCGUGGGGGAGCUUGUUCCACCAUUGGGGUGCCAGAGCAGCGAAUAGCUUUGACUGGGCUGAGCGGGAACUGUGCUUCCGUAGAGGUAGAGGAGCUAGCAGGCCAGAGGUGGAUGAACGUAGUGCCCUCGUUUGGGUGUAGGGUCUGAUCAGAGCCUGAAGGUAAGGAGGUGCCGUUCCCCUCACAGCUCCGUAGGCAAGCACCAUGGUUUUGUAGUAGAUGCAAGCCUCAACUAGAAGCCAGUGGAGUGUGCGGAGGAGCGGAGUGACAUGAGAGAAGUUGGGAAGGUUGAACACCAGACGGGCUGCAGCGUUCUGGAUAAGUUGUAGGGGUUUAAUGGCACAGACAGAGAGCCCAGCCAACAGCGAGUUGCAGUAAUCCAGACGGGAGAUGACAAGUGCCUGGAUUAGGACCUGUGCCGCUUUCUGUGUAAGGUAGGGUCGUACUCUGCGAAUGUUGUAGAGCAUGAACCUGCACGAUCGGGUCACCGCUUUGAUGUUAGCGGAGAACGACAGGGUGUUGUCCAGGGUCACGCCAAGGUUCUUUGCACUCUGGGAGGAGGACACAAUGGAGUUGUCAACCGUGAUGGCGAGAUCAUGGAGCGGGCAGUCCUUCCCCGGGAGGAAGAGCAGCUCCGUCUUGCCGAGGUUCAACUUGAGGUGGUGAUCCGACAUCCACACUGAUAUGUCUGCCAGACAUGCAGAGAUGCGAUUCGCCACCUGGUUAUCAGAAGGGGGAAAGGAGAAAAUUAAUUGUGUGUUGAAUGUGUACUGAAUUGAAUUAUAAAAAAAAAAAAACGUUCAGUCUAUCAUUUUAAUGGUAGGUUUAUUUGAACAGUGAGAGACAGAAUACCAACAAAGAAAUCCAGAAAAACGCAUGUCAAAAAUGUUAUAAAUUGAUUUGCAUUUUAAUGAGGGAAAUAAGUAUUUGACCCCUCUGCAAAACAUGACUUAGUACUAGGUGGCAAAACCCUUGUUGGCAAUCACAGAGGUCAGACGUUUCUUGUAGUUGGCCACCAGGUUUGCACACAUCUCAGGAGGGAUUUUGUCCCACUCCUCUUUGCAGAUCUUCUCCAAGUCAUUAAGGUUUCGAGCCUGACGUUUGGCAACUCGAACCUUCAGCUCCCUCCACAUAUUUUCAAUGGGAUUAAGGUCUGGAGACUGGCUAGGCCACUCCAGGACCUUAAUGUGCUUCUUCUUGAGCCACUCCUUUGUUGCCUUGGCCGUGUGUUUUGGGUCAUUGUCAUGCUGGAAUAUCCAUCCACGACCCAUUUUCAAUGCCCUGGCUGAGGGAAGGAGGUUCUCACCCAAGAUUUGACGGUACAUGGCCCCGUCCAUCGUCCCUUUGAUGCAGUGAAGUUGUCCUGUCCCCUUAGCAGAAAAACACCCCCAAAGCAUAAUGUGGCGCAGUGGUCUAAGGCACUGCAUCGCAGUGCUAGCUGUGCCCCUAGAGAUCCUGGUUCAAAUCCAGGCUCUGUCGUAGCCGGCCGCGACCGGGAGACCCAUGGGGCGGCGCACAAUUGGCCCAUCGUCGUCCAGGGUAGGGGAGGGAAUGGCCGGCAGGGAUGUAGCUCAGUUGGUAGAGCAUGGCGUUUGCAACGCCAGGGUUGUGGGUUCGAUUCCCACGGGGGGCCAGUAUGAAAAAAGAAUGUAUGCACUCACUAACUGUAAGUCGCUCUGGAUAAGAGCGUCUGCUAAAUGACUAAAAUGUUUUUAAAAAAAUUCCACCUCCAUGUUUGACGUGGGGAUGGUGUUCUUGGGGUCAUAGGCAGCAUUCCUCCUCCUCCAAACACGUUGAGUUGAUGCCAAAGAGCUCGAUUUUGGUCUCAUCUGACCACAACACUUUCACCCAGUUCUCCUCUGAAUCAUUCAGAUGGUCAUUGGCAAACUUCAGACGGGCCUGUAUAUGUGCUUUCUUGAGCAGGGGGACCUUGUGGGCGCUGCAGGAUUUCAGUCCUUCAUGGCGUAGUGUGUUACCAAUUUUUUUCUUGGUGACUAUGGUCCCAGCUGCAUUGAGAUCAUUGACAAGAUCCUCCCGUGUAGUUCUGGGCUGAUUCCUCACCGUUUUCAUGGUCAUUGCAACUCCACGAGGUGUUGUAGCCCAUGGUCUUGUAGCCCAUUCCAGCCUUAAGUAGGUUUACAAUCUUUUCCCUGACAUCCAUUGGAGAGCUGGUGGUCUUGGUCUUGGCCAUGGUGGAGAGUUUAGAAUCUGAUUGAUUGCUUCUGUGGACAGGUGUCUUUUAUACAGGUAACAAACUGAGAUUAGGAGAACUCCCUUUAAGAGUGUGCUCCUAAUCUCAGCUCGUUACCUGUAUAAAAGACACCUGGGAGCCAGAAAUCUUUCUGAUUGAGAGGUGGUCAAAUACUUAUUUCCCUCAUUAAAAUGCAAAUCAAUUUAUAACAUUUUAGACAUGCGUUUUUCUGGAUUUUUUUGUUGUUAUUCUGUCUCUCACUGUUCAAAUAAACCUACCAUUAAAAUUAUAGACUGAUCAUUUCUUUGUCAGUGGGCAAACGUACAAAAUCAGCAGGGGAUCAAAUACUUUUUUCCCUCAUUGUACAGAUAUCUUACCUACAAUCUAACCUACAGAGUUAAACAGGAACCCUGGUUCAGUCAGAAUGUGACUGUCAGUUUCAUCUUCAGCUUGUUGGCUACAUGGCAGGUCAGCUCUCCCAAUUUAUUUAUUUAAUGUCAGCUACCUACCUUUGAGGUCUCCUAAAUUUAGAUUUUUUCAUUAAAUGUAUGACACAUUAUUUAUGUGAAGGUGGUGACAGAGAGAGGAUGUGGGCUGGAACAUAGAUCCCCUCUUCUCAUUAACCUUCCAGAGGUAAACUCCUUUCCCUCUCCCCCUCUCCCCCCUCUCUCUCCCUCCCUCUACCCCCUCUCUCUCCCUCCCUCUACCCCCCUCUCUCUCCCCCUACCCUCUACCUGCUCUCUCUCCUCCUCCCGCCCUCCUAACCCCCCUCUCUUCUCCCUCCCCCUACCCCGCCCUCUCUCUCCUCUCUCUCAUUCCUCUCUCCCCCCCCGCUCCCUCUCUCUCCUCCCUCUCCCUCUCCCUCUCCCCCUCUCCCCUCUCCCUCUCCUUCUCCUUCCCUUCUCCUCCUCUCUUCUCUUCUUCUCUCUCCUCUCAUCAGCCUCUCUCUCCUCUCUCUCUGCUCUCUCUCGGCUCAUCCUCUCCCCUCUCUGCUCUUCUCUCUCUUCGCGUCGAUCUCUCAUCUCUCUCUCAUCUUGUUCUCUCCUCCUCUCUCUCUCUCAGACCAUCUCUCGACCCGCUCUCUUCUCUCAUCUACCUCUCACUCUCUCUCUCUCUCUUCUCUCUCUCUCUCCCGCCAUUCUCGGCUAUUUCUCUACGUCGUCUCUCUCUCCUUCCCUCUUCUUCCCACAGACUCAAAUAAGAAGGACAAAAAUAGAACUCAAUUUCCCCAGUGUGUGUGUUUAACCAAUCAGAAUAUCAAUAGGAUUUGACAAUGCUGUUUGUUCUGCUACACAGACCAUGCUGUGUGUGUGUGUAAGUCUGUGUGUGUGUCUGUUUGUGUGUGUGUGUGCAUGUUGUAGGGAGAUAACAAAGAGAGUGAAACGAGAGAGAGAGAGAAGAGAGAGCGAGAGAGCGGAGAGAGAGGCAGAGAGAAAGAGAGAAGUAGGGUGUGUGAAAAUAAACAAGAGCGAGAUAAAGUGUGUGAGACAGGAAGAGAUUUCUUCCAAAUCAUUCUUAAUUUCUCUCAACGGCGUACUCUUUUGUAGUGGCUUUUUUGUUUUCCACUGCUUUAUUCAAAUGGAGUUAAAUUGAUUACCUAUAUCAAAUCCAACUACCUGCCUUUUACCUUCAUUAUGAUAAGAACAAUACUGUUCAGUCUACAAUGUAAACAGGCAGAAGAUACAGUAGAGAUACUAAUGACAAUACUAUACACACAUUAACAGCUGCUCAUGGUUUAAUGUCUCACAAUAAUAUUGUUACACUGGUAUGGAUUUACAACAUUUGUUUUAUAACCCUAAUGCAUUUUUUUAAAUGUUGAAUUUCAUUGCUGAUUUGUGUAAUUCUGGUUGAUACAAUCUUGUUGAUGUUGUGACUGUGUUUCUGUUCUCACAGGUGGAAGAGGCUCUGAGUGAAGUGGACUUUCAGUUGAAGCUGGACCUUCACUUCACAGACAACGAGGAACAGUACGUUAAACACUCGGUUACAUAGUCUCUUUUCUCUGGCAUUUUUUUUCUUCUCACUUUCUCUGCAUCUCUCCAUCUCUCUUCCUAUCCCCCCUCCCUCCCCCAUCUCUCUCUCCCUCUCGCCUCUCAGUUCUGAGAGGUCCUCAGUUAGUAGUGCUGAGGUCCAAGUCCUAAUGAUGUCCUGCCAGCGAAAAGCCUCUGGCUCUAACAGACUGGCAGACUGCAUAGUCAGGAAAAAACACUAGUCAAUUAAAAACACUACUUUACCACGUCUCUGUGCAGACUUGCAUGCGUUGUGCAUGCGUGAGCACAUUUGUACGAGUGUGUCUCUGUGCGUGUGUGCAUUUGUCUGUCUGUCUGUGUGUCUGUGUGUGUGUGUGUGUGUGUGUGUGUGUGUGUGUGUGUGUAAAGGAUGUUACUGUUGGAUCAGCUAUUUGGAUCUGUCACUCCAAGUGUGAGCUCUGUGUGUUUGUGCUGUUGCAGCUCAAUAGGUCAAUAGGUCAAUAGGUCAAUAGGUACUGUAGGCCACAGACAAGUGAUAGAUGACUUGUAAUGUCUCCUGGACGGCUCAUUAAACAUCCCAUUUGGAGCGCUUACAACUUCUCAGACUUUGCUGCUCAGAACUUAUACUAUUUGGAGCCACCCAUUUAUGUGUGACCGAGACCAAGUGUUUGUGUGUGUAGAAUAUUACCAAGUUCAAGUUUCAACUUUAUUGCCCCAGAGUGAAAUUCAUUUUUCACCACACUGGUGUGCUUUCUUGAAUUUGCUAUUGUCCUAGCUGAAUAAUAACAGUUAAAUAACCCAUAACAUCAUGUCCUUUAAAUGGGUAAUAGUUUUCAAUUUUGACACAGUGCAUUUUAAACUUGCAUUCACUGUCUUUGGCAUGAUGAUGUAACUGUAUACUGUUCUGGCAUGACCUCUCUCUGCUGUUGUUCUCAGGCUGGUUUAGAUACUAACUGUGUUGUCUUUAGGUUAGGGGACAUCGUGACAGUCCCAGUGAUCAGCAGUAGAACCCUGGGUCUCCACUUCCAUCCCAGGAGAGGUCUCCACCACCAUGUACCUGUGAUGUUCGACUACUUCCACCUGUCCGUCAUCUCUGUCUCUAUACAUGCAUCCUUGGUGGCCUUACAUCAACCACUCAUCAGGUAAUACUGUGUGUGUGUUUUUGUGUGUGUGCAUGUCUGUGCAAACAUGCAUGCUUGUGUGUGUGUGCACGUGUGUGUGUGUGUGUGUGCACAUGUGUGUGUGUGUUUGUGUGCUUACCAACCAACAUGUCACACUGAUGAUCACUACUUAACUGUCACACCAUAUACAGUGGGGAGAACAAGUAUUUGAUACACUGCAGAUUUUGCAGAUUUUCCUACUUACAAAGCAUGUAGAUCUCUGUAAUUUUUAUCAUAGGUACACUUCAACUGUGAGAGACGGAAUCUAAAACAAAAAUCCAGAAAAUCACAUUGUAUGAUUUUUAUGUAAUUAAUUCGCAUUUUAUUGCAUGACAUAAGUAUUUGAUCACCUACCAACCAGUAAGAAUUCCGGCUCUCACAGACCUGUUAGUUUUUCUUUAAGAAGCCCUCCUGUUCUCCACUCAUUACCUGUAUUAACUGCACCUGUUUGAACUUGUUACCUGUAUAAAAGACACCUGUCCACACACUCAAUCAAACAGACUACAACCUCUCCACAAUGGCCAAGACCAGAGAGCUGUGUAAGGACAUCAGGGAUAAAAUUGUAGACCUGCACAAGGCUGGGAUGGGCUACAGGACAAUAGGCAAGUAGCUUGGUGAGAAGGCAACAACUGUUGGCGCAAUUAUUAGAAAAUGGAAGAAGUUCAAGAUGACGGUCAAUCACCCUCGGUCUGGGACUCCAUGCAAGAUCUCACCUCGUGGGGCAUCAAUGAUCAUGAGGAAGGUGAGGGAUCAGCCCAGAACUACACGGCAGGACCUGGUCAAUGACCUGAAGAGAGCUGGGACCACAGUCUCAAAGAAAACCAUUAGUAACACACUACGCCGUCAUGGAUUAAAAUCCUGCAGCGCACGCAAGGUCCCCCUGCUCAAGCCAGCGCAUGUCCAGGCCCGUCUGAAGUUUGCCAAUGACCAUCUGGAUGAUCCAGAGGAGGAAUGGGAGAAGGUCAUGUGGUCUGAUGAGACAAAAAUAGAGCUUUUUGGUCUAAACUCCACUCGCCGUGUUUGGAGGAAGAAGAAGGAUGAGUACAACCCCAAGAACACCAUCCCAACCGUGAAGCAUGGAGGUGGAAACAUCAUUCUUUGGGGAUGCUUUUCUGCAAAGGGGACAGGACGACUGCACCGUAUUGAGGGGAGGAUGGAUGGGGCCAUGUAUCGCGAGAUCUUGGCCAACAACCUCCUUCCCUCAGUAAGAGCAUUGAAGAUGGGUCGUGGCUGGGUCUUCCAGCAUGACAACGACCCGAAACACACAUCCAGGACAACUAAGGAGGGGCUCCGUAAGAAGCAUCUCAAGGUCCUGGAGUGGCCUAGCCAGUCUCCAGACCUGAACCCAAUAGAAAAUCUUUGGAGGGAGCUGAAAGUCCGUAUUGCCCAGCGACAGCCCCGAAACCUGAAGGAUCUGGAGAAGGUCUGUAUGGAGGAGUGGGCCAAAAUCCCUGCUGCAAUGUGUGCAGACCUGGUCAAGAACUACAGGAAACGUAUGAUCUCUAUAAUUGCAAACAAAGGUUGCUGUACCAAAUAUUAAGUUCUGCUUUUCUGAUGUAUCAAAUACUUAUGUCAUGCAAUAAAAUGCAAAUUAAUUACUUAAAAAUCAUACAAUGUGAUUUUCUGGAUUUUUGUUUUAGAUUCCGUCUCUCACAGUUGAAGUGUACCUAUGAUAAAAAUUACAGACCUCUACAUGCUUUGUAAGUAGGAAAACCUGCAAAAUCAGCAGUGUAUCAAAUACUUGUUCUCCCCACUGUAUGUCCUCUCCUGUUAGAAUCGGUUUAGUUUGGCAACCUGCUCUGAAAGUGCAUCCACUGGCCUGCUACUUGAAUAAGUAGUUUUUCAAACACUUAGGUGAUGAAUCCAGCUGCCAAUAUCUUAACCUGAAUGUUCAGCCAUCAAUUUCCCUGAUUACACCAGAGCUCUAUUGAUUACAUAAUGACUAACUGCUCUUCUCUCUCUCUCUCUCUCUCUCUCUCUCUCUCUCUCUCUCUCUCUCUCUCUCUCUCUCUCUCUCGCUCUCUCUCUCUCUUUCUCUCUCUCUCUCUCUCUCUCUCUCUCUCUCCAUAGUUUUGCCCGUACAGGGAAGGGUUCCUGGCUGGGAAAGGGCUCUCUAGAGAACGUUACUGACCCAUCAGCCAUGGGGGUGUCCAUGGAGAACCUGAUGUUCGGGGCUGGAUACUGCAAACCUGUCAUCACAGAGGUACAAUCAAAUCAAGUCAAACUACAUUGUAAGUGCAUGAUUACAAGGUCUCUCAAUACACCACGGCAGAAAAUUUUGGGGGGGGGUCCCAAAAACCCCCCCCCCCCCCCCGGGGAAAAAAAGGGGUUUUAAAAAAAUUUCCCCCCCCCUGGCCUUUCCCCCCCGAACCCAAAAAAUUUUUUUUUGGGGGGGGGGGGGGGAAAAAAAAGGGUUUUUUAAGGGUUUUAAAAAAAAAAAAUUUUUAAAAAAAAACCCCCCCUUUUAAAAAAAAAUUUUUUUUCCCCAAAAAAAAUUUUUUUUUAAAAAAAAAAAAAAAAAAAAAAAUUUUUUUUUUUUUGGGUUUUUUUUUUUUUGUUUUAAAGGGGGUUAAGGUUUUUUCUUUUUUUUUAAAAAAUGUUAAAAAAUUUUUUUUUUUAAAGGCCCCCCUUUUUUAAAAAAGGGGGGCCCCCUUUUUCCCCCCCCCCUUUUUUUUUUUCCCCCCCGGGCCCCCCCUUUUUUUUUCCCCUUUUUCCCCCCCCCCCUUUUUUUACAAAGGGUUUGGGGAAAAAGGGGCCCCCUUUUUCCCCCCCCCCCCCUUUGGGGGGGGCCUUUUCCCCCCCUUUUUUUUUCCCCCCCCCCUUUUUUUCCCCCCUUUUUUUUUCCCCCCCCCUUUUUUUUUUUUUUUCCCCCCCCCCCCCCUUUUCCCCCCCCCCUUUUUUUUUUUAAAUUUUUCCCCGGGGGGAAAGGGGGGAAAUUUGGGAAAAGGGUUUUAAAAAAAGGGGGGAAAAAAAACAAAUUUUUCCCCUUUCCCCCCUUUUCCCCCUUUUUUCCCUUUUUAAAACCCCCCUUUUAAAAUUUUUUCUCCCCCCCCCCUUUCCCCAAAACCCAAAAUUUUUUUUUUAAACCUUUUUUCCCGGGGAAAAAAAAAAAAAAAAACCAAAUUUUUAAAAAAAAAAAAAAAAAAAAAAAACAAAAGGUUAAGGGGAAAAAAAAAAAAAAUAAAGGGGAAAAAAAAAAAAAAAAAAAAAAGGAGGGAAAAAGGGGGAAAAAAAAAAAAAGGGGGGGGGGGGGGGGGGUUAAAAAAAAACCCCCCCCCCCAAAGGGGGAAAAAAAUAAAGGGGGGGGAAAAAAAAAGGGGGAAAAAGGGGAGGAAAAAAAAGGGGAAAAAAAAAACCCGGGAAAGGGGGGGGGGGGGAAAAAGGGGGAAAAAAAAAAAGGGAGAAGGGGGGGCCCCCCCCCCCCUUGGGUUUUUUUUUUUUUUUUUUUUUCCCCCCUUUUUUUUCCCCCCCUUUUUUAAAAUAAAAGGGUUUUUUGGGGUUUUUGGGGGUUUUUCCCCCCCCCAAAAAAACCGGGGGGGUUUUUAAAAACCUUUUUUUUUUAACCCCUUGGGAAAGGGGGGAAAAAAAAGGCCCCCAAAAAAAUUUUUUUUUUUUGGGGGAAAAAAAGGGGGAAAAAGGGGGGUUUUUUUUUUAAAAAGGGGUUUUGGGUUUUUUUAAAGGGGGUUUUGGGGGGAGGGUUUUUUUCCCAAAAGGGGGGGGCCCAAAUUGGGGGGGGGUUUUAAAGGGGGGGGAAAAAAAUUGGUUUUUAAAAACCCCAAAAACCCGGGAAAGGGGGAAAAAAAUUUUUUUUUAAAAAAAAAAAUUUCCCUUAAGGGUUUUAAGGGAAAAAAAGGGGGGGGGUUUUUUUUUUUUUUUAAAGGAAAUUUUUUUAAAAAAAUUUUUUUUUUGGGGGGGGCCCCUUUUUUUUCUUUAGAACUUGGGGGGGCCCGGAAACCUUUUUUAAAAAAAAAUUUUGGGUUUUUUCUGGGGGGGGGAGUUGUUUGGGGGGGGGGGGGUUUUUAAAAAGGGGUUUUCCCCCGAGGAAAUUUUUUGGGGAAAAAGGUUUUUCCGGUUGGGGUUUUUUUAAAAAGGGGGGUUUUUUUGAAAAGGGGGAAAAAAAAAGGAAACCCCCCUUUUUUUUUAAAAAAAAAAAAAAUUUGGGCCCCGGGGGGUUUUUUUUUCCCCCCCCCGGGGAAAAUUUUUUUUCAAAAACCCCCCCCUUCCCAAAAAGGGGGCCCCCCCCCCGGGUUUAAACCCAAAGGGUUUUAAAAGGGGAAAAAAAAUUUUUUUUUUGGGGGGGGGGGGUUUAUUUCCCGGGGGGGGGGGGGGUUUUUUUUAAGGUUUUUUUUUAAAAAAAUUUGUUUUUUGGGGGGGUUUUUUUUUUUAAAAGUUAGACGGGAUUGGCUUGUGUAAAAUAGCAGUUUGUAACAUCCCGUUUUGUGAGCAUCGCAAAAAAAGUUCUGGGGUUUCCCUCAAUCGGUGUUUAAAGUUGAUCUUCCCUUCUCGUUUUAAAUUUCUGCUGGGUAUUCAAAACAACGGGCAACCUCAGUCUCUGCCUUACACGAUGCUGCGCUGCCUCAGUGGCCAUGUUGCUAUGUUACCCACGCGGUUAGAGCUGGCGUGGCACUGACAAUUUUAAUUUGCCCGAGCAAUAAGUCUACGAGAGUGCUUUUCUCACUCCUGGUUCUUCUUUUCCGCUGUUUCUCUUCAUUGAUUAGUUACCUUACAUUGUUGCUCAAGGUGUCAACGGCUUAACACCAAAAGUUUACUAAUCGAGUGUUGCGCUUGCUCAGUGCUUCUCUUCUUCAUGGUUUCCCCAGUCUUCUCCCGUCUCUAGAGCUGACGUGAGCUCCUGCACCUUUUCUGCCCUAGCUACCCGAUCUACUGUCUGGUCUCUACUCCUCUCUUCAAUCUUUCUCUCCUCUCUGAUUUCGUGUACAAUUAGUUCCUAUACAUUCUUUGCUAUUAGUCGUGUCAACUCGUCGUUACAAAACUGCAACACAGUAUAUACAGUCGUGAGGUCUUCCUCUGCUGGCUUUCUCUCUCGAUCUUUGUCUCUGCUCUCUUCCUCUCGCUCUCUCUAGUCUCUCUCGUUCUUCCUCUCUCUUUCCUCCUCUCUCUCUUCUUAUUGUCUCUACUCUUUCUCUCGCUCCACUUUCUUCUAUCUCCUCCGACCACUUUCUCUCUCUCUCUUUUCUCUCUCUCGUACUUCUCUCUCUCUCUCUUUCGCUCUCUCUCUCCCUCCACUAUUGUAAGGACGGGUCAUCAGUCAGGUCCCUCUAGAAGUAUUAGAGACAGUUUUAGUCCCCCACAUGGACCCACAGGGAGAUGAGUACUGCGCUGCACCACAUCACUUCCUAUUAAUGUCUCAUUAACCCACAUGGCCAGACCAGGUCGCAGGACACUCAGGCUGCGUUCCAAAUAGCACCUUAUUCCCUACAUAGUGCUCUAAUUUUGACCAGAGCCCAAGACGCUGUUCAAAAGUAGUGCAUUUUGGGGCUGCCAUUUGGGACGCAGCCCGAGGCUAGCAGGACACUGCGACACACUGAGCUACUGUAGCCUGGCGUCUGGAGGAGAAACUACUGUAACUCUCAGUCACAGGAGGUUGGUGGCACCUUAAUUGGGGAGGACGGGCUUGUGGUAAUGGCUGGAGUGGAAUAGGUGGAAUGGUAUCAAAUACAUCAAACACAUGGUUUCCAGGUGUUUGAUGCCAUUCCAUUUGCCUUGUUCCAGCCAUUAUUGUGAGCCAUCCUCCCCUCAGCAGCCUCCACUGCUCUCAGUAGUAAUUAUGGUGAAUAAAGGGUUCUCAUCUGCCUGUGGAGUAAAAGGUCUAAGAUUAAUAGUAGACACUAGUGAUGGUUUCUGCAUGUGUAAAGGCUCAUUUAGUGGUGUGAGAGCUGUGGGAGGCAGAGAAAGUGCUUAGCUGGAUUCAUCAACCACAGACACCACUCACGUCUCUCUCUUCUGGAGGUGUGUGUAAGGUGUGUGUGUGUGGGAGUGAGUGUGAGUGAUAACUAUAUGGUUGUGCACAUCCAGCAGAGCAGCUAUUUUUCAUCAGAUCAUUACGAUGUGUCUUAUCCAGCGUAGGUCAUUUCCUGUAUGGUAGGACGCUACUGUGAUUGCAAAACCUGUUGGUCACACAAACAUGUGCCUCAUGCACACACCCCGAUCCAGCCUUCGGCCCUGUGGCCAGACGUCACAGACUGAGCAGUAAAUCUUAAUGAGAGCUGGGUUGUCCCCCUCAUAGCCCCUCUUCUGCGUUUGGCCCCCCUGUUUCCUGGGUUACACACACACACACAUACCGGGCUCGGCCCCCCUGUUCCUGGGUUUUACACAGCGCCUCCAACAGAGAGCUUUAAUAAGCACUGCAUUUAGCCAGGCGGGGGGGCAGUGUUUGAUCCCCGUAAUGAGUUCUCCUCCAACCGCCACGUAGCUUACCUGCAGGAGAAAUGUGUACAGAGCAUAGUGUGUGUGUGCGCAUGCAUGCGUGUGUGUGUGUGUGUGUUUGAGAGUCAUCCCUCUCUCCCUCUCUCCUCUCUUCCACCCCUUAUUUAUGUAAGGCUUUCUACCUGGAGGGUACAAGCACAUUUUCAGCACUUUCCCCUAUUUAUACUGCUGCAGCUUUUCCACACUUACCUAUUUCUUUAUUCAUUAUUAAGAGUGUUGUUAUUGCACAAUCUGGACACGUGUCGUUGGAAAAUUCUGUUGCGAUCAGCUGAAUUAUAGUGGUGCUGCCUCUUCUGGUGGGCAGAAAAUGGAUGUUACCUUUCUUUUUCCAUUUAGACCUUUCACAUUUCCUCAUUGGUAUAGAAAUGUGUAUCUCAGAAAUAUCAGAGGCGAUAAAGAUCAAUUUUCUGAGUGCUCCUAUUAUGAGUGAGAUACUCGUCUUGGACCCUCGUGGGGUGAUUAAGAAUGUCAGGUACCAAUGCAAGAGGAAUAAGCAGCACACAGUCUCAGGCCUAUUAGAGAGACCUGUCCUGCUAAUUUUUACCAGCCUGUCUGUCUUACAAGCUGCUGGCUUGUCCCUUGUUCCCGUUGUAUGUAGAUGAAGAGUGAGCCAUAGAAAUAUCAUUACUAGAUCAGGAAUUCCCAUUCAUGUCAAUGUUUUGUAAUUCUUAGUUCUAUUUCUAUCAGAGCAGAUGGACCCCCUGUAACUACGUAUCCCACGGUGCACUGCAGCAACCAUCAGAUCCAGUAUGUCACCUGGGUACUCAGCCUUGUGUUCCUUAAACAUACUGUCAGCUUCGCACGUGGCUGCUGCUGACAAUUAGGACUUAAGAAGACUGUAAUACAGUAUCCAAAGAAGGUUAUUUUGCAUAAUAAGAAAUGUACUGUAUUUACACAAAGAGUGCCUCGGAGCCUCUUGCUUGGAAAGCUACUCUGGCACCCCAAGCCCCCUAGUGCACUUCCUCUCUGGGUGGAACGCAACGACGACGUGGACAAAAGUGCGUGCUGCUCCAUAACAUCUGACUCCGCCCAUGCCCAUGAAAUAGCUAUUUUUCAUUCUUUGCCCCUGGAGUCCCAACCCCCAUAUCCCAGUAUGCCUCUAUAAAGGUAAAAGGAAUUAUGAAAGUAAACAUACAGAUGUUCCUUCCUGGUUGUGGAGGAUCCAGAAGUAUUAUCUGUUAUUACAGAGCAGAGUACAGCUAUGAUGAUAGGGCCCUGUGCUUUACUGCCUCCAGGUAAAUUAUAGUACACACUCACAUACACCAGCAUUACAUGUCUUUAAAACUAACACACAUACACCAGCAUGACAUGUCUUUAAAACUAACACACAUACACCAGCAUUACAUGUCUUUAAAACUAACACACAUACACCAGCAUGACAUGUCUUUAAAACUAACACACAUACACCAGCAUUACAUGUCUUUAAAACAAACACAUACACCAGCAUGACAUGCCUUUAAAACUAACACACAUACACCAGCAUGACAUGCCUUUAAAACUAACACACAUACACCAGCAUUACAUGCCUUUAAAACUAACACACAUACACCAGCAUGACAUGCCUUUAAAACUAACACACAUACACCAGCAUGACAUGCCUUUAAAACUAACACACAUACACCAGCAUUACAUGCCUUUAAAACUAACACACAUACACAGGCAUUAUCCACACAUACACCAGCAUCACAUAUCUUUAAAACAAAACUGCCAGAACAGCCAGAACAGCCAGCCAGCCACAGGAAGAUGGACCCAGCCCAGAAAACAGUGACAGAGGCCAGGGGCUGGCAUCCCGAGUGGCUGGGGCCUGUGUGUGUUGUGACUGGGAUGGGGUUAGAGGUGACACAUCCCAGUCUGACCUGACCCUGCCUUGUCUCUAAAAAGAUGACAGCCGGCGUCUGAUCCGACGGGUGUUGUUUGGGUCCUUGACUAGAAUAACAUAUUUCGCAAUGUUACUCUUGAUCUGGAUAUGCAGUAGCUGGGCUUUGUGGCUCCUAUCGGUUGCAGAAGAGACCAGAACUGGUACUGUAGAUUACAGACCUGUACAGAGAAUACGAUGAAUGUGAUGGUCCAGUGAAAGUACUGUGGGUUUGUGGUUAGAGAGCCACCUGCUGGGGAGAAAUAGGAAUUACUACUCAUAAAUACUUUCCCUAAAAUGGUACUACAGUAACAACAUUGAGGGACAAAUUGGCUAAGCUUUCAAUCCAUUACCUUCCCAGUCUAAUAUAUAUUGUAUGAAACAUCACCCGUGAUUGUUACUGAUGUCUGUGUAGUUUGUGGUUACUGGGUAGUGUGGGGUUAGUUAGUUAAAGGUCAUACAACUAUUGUAGGGUCACGUCUUCUACAUCUUCCAGUGCCACGUCCGCAUCAAUGUUGUUUUACUACUGGGUAACAAGCUGUGUUUAGGAGCUGCUUGUGUCCAAAACCUCCUGUAGUUACUGAGACUUUACACAUUGGUGUUAACUCACUAGACAAGGUCCUAAAUAAGGUCAAUGGCAAAGCUACACGGAGGGAGCUCAUUGGUUCCUACUGUGGAGGCCUUAAAGUCCCAGUAUGUGAACUUGGCUGUCAUUAGAUGAAGUAAUCAACAUUUUCUUCUCUUCCAUGUCUCUUUUCUUCCCUAUCUCUACCCCGUCUCUCUCCUCUCUGCCUCUCCUCUCUCCCCUAUCUCCCCUGUCUCUCUCCUCUCUUCUCUGUCUCUCUCCUCUCUGUCUCUCCUCUCUCCCCUCUCUCCCCCUGUCUCUCCCUGUCUCUCUCCUCUCUGCCUCUCCUCUCUCCCCUCUCUCUCUCUCCUCUCUUCUCUGUCUCUCUCCCUCUCUGCCUUCCCCUUUCUCCCCUGUCUCCUCCUCUCUUCUCUGGCUCUCCUCUCUCUCCUCUCUGCCUCUCCUCUCUCCCCUCUCUCCCCAUGUCUCUCCCCAUCUCUCUCCUCUCUGCCUCUCCUCUCUCCCCUGUCUCUCUCCUCUCUGCCUCUCCUCUCUCCCCGUCUCUCUCCUCUCUGUCUCUCCUCUCUCCCCGUCUCUCUCCUCUCUGCCCUCUCCUCUCUCCCCUGUCUCUCUCCUCUCUGCCCUCUCCUCUCUCCCCGUCUCUCUCCUCUCUGUUUCUACUCUCUUCUCUGUCUUCCCGUCUCUCUUCCUCUCUGUCUCUCCUCUCUCCCCUCUCUCCCCCUUUCUCUCCCCAUUUCUCUCCUCUCUGCCUCUCCUCUCUCCCCAUCUCUCUCCUCUCUGUCUUUACUCUCUUCUCUGUCUCUCCCCUGUCUCUCCCGUCUCUCUCCUCUCUGCCUCUCCUCUCUCCCCGUCUCUCUCCUCUCUGUCUUUACUCUCUUCUCUGUCUCUCCCCUGUCUCUCCCGUUUCUCUCCUCUCUGCCUCUCCUCUCUCCCCGUCUCUCUCCUCUCUGUCUUUACUCUCCUCUCUGUCUCUCCCCUGUCUCUCUCGUCUCCCCUCUCUCAUGUCUCUCCCCUCUUCCAUGUAUCUAUCCUCUCUCUUCUCUUCCUCUCCUUCUUCCCUCUCUUCUCUCCCAUCUACCCUCUCCCCUCUUCUCCCUUCCUCUCCCCUCUACUCCCCCCUGUCUCUCCCCAGGGUAGUUUCUACGUCCCCAGUGAGAACUGUCUACAGAGAGCUCACACUUGGCAUGGUAGACUCUGUCGCCUCCUACUGGCGGUACACAGAGGCCUACGUUCCUACUACACCACUGUGAUGAAGGAGAUACCACAGCUGGAACAGGUGGACAUAGGUGAGGCAACAACAUGUUACAAUAGCAUUUCCUCAAUAUUUAGCUGUGUCUAUUGUGGCAAUCAAUCAAGUCAAUGAUUUAUUGUUCAAUUGAUUUAAAAAUAUAUAUAUAUAUAUAUAUUUUUUUUUACAGUGGUUUAACUUCAUACUGUAUAAGACUGAGUAGAGUUGCGCUUUGCUGUAAUAAUCUAUUUAUCUUGUCUUUCUAUCCACAGAGGAGCUACCUGUGGAAGAAACACUAAAUCAGCUCACAAUAGAAUUACAGGUAGGUGGUGUACGAGACAUACAGUACUGCUAAAAACCAAGAUCAAUAUCAACAUUUUAUAUUAGCUAUGCUCUCUUUCCUCUCCAAUGUUCUACUAGUAUUUCCAUCAAAAAAUUCCAUUAUUCAAGUUUUUUACUUUAACACAUACAGUUAACUGCCAAAAUAAAGGAAACACCAACAUAAAGUGUCUUAAUAGGGCGUUGGGCCUCCACAAGCCAGAACAGCUUCAAUGCAUCAUGGCAUAGAUUCUACAAGUGUCUGGAACUCUAUUGGAGGGAUGCGACACCAUUCUUCCAUGAGAAAUUCCAUCAUUUGGUGUUUUGUUGAUGGUGGUGGAAAACGCUGUCUUAGGCCCCACUCCAGAAUCUCCGACAAGUGUUAAAUUGAGUUGAGAUCUGGUGACUGAGACGACCAUGGCAUAUGAUUUAUAUCGUUUUUAUAAUAGUCAAACCAUUCAGUGACCACUCAUGCCCUGUGGCGGGGUGCAUUGUCAUCCUAUGAGGGCAUAGCCAUGGUAGCCAAAAUAAUGGCCUGCCCAGCAUUUCUAUACAUGACCCUCAGCAUGAUGGGAUGUUAAUUGCUUAAUUAACUCAGGAAUCUGUGUGGAAGCACCUGCUUUCAAUAUGCUUUGUAUUUACUCAAGUAUUUCCAUUAUUUGGGCAGUUACCUGUACUUUUACUAUAUACAGUAUCUAAAAUACCAGUGGCAUCUGGAUAAAGUCAUUGAGCAUAUAAAGAGAUACUAUCUGUAUCCACUCUCUCCUCUCCUCUAGGUUCAGGGAGGCCAUGAGAAGGCAGCAGAACAUAUCAGUAGAGUCCUGACCCAGCUCUGCUCCACCUAAUCUGCCCUUUGACCUCUAACCAGCCUCUAACCCCUCUAACCAGCACCACACGCUGACCCUAACCCUCCCCUGUCUCCUCUCUCCACUCCUUCUCUAGCUGCAGGAGGGACAUGAGAAAGUAGCAGAACAGAUCAGUAGAGACCUGACCCAGCUCUGCUCCCAACUGUCGGCCCUGUGGACCCGCUUCCUGGAGGCUGCCGUACCUAACACACAUAUCCUGUCCCACCUGGCCCAGGAACACCACACACUCAGGGUGAGCCCUAACCCCUUAACUCCUCAGGAACAUCACACACCCCCCAUACAUUCUAUCUAAUAUAUUAUGAAAUGUGUAACACUAGAAGCCGAGGCCUUGAACCCUCCAAAGCCCACUAUUUAGGUUUUGUGUGUCAGAUUGUGUAGGAGUAUUACAGCCAGGUAAAAUACACCAGCUGAUGAUUAGUCCCUAUAGACCUCUAUGCCUUGAAUAGACAUUGUAUCUGAGAAUCCCAAAUGUAAUUUCCAUCUAAUCAUUGGAAUGAUUAAUAUUAAUGUAAAACUAUUCCCUCUCCUCUACUCAGUGUUGCUAGCAGGUCUCCAGGCUCUUGUCUCUCACAGUGUUAGUUUCAUAUCUCCUGUCUGACUGUCUGUCUGUGAGUCAUAAUGAACACAGUAUGUCUCCAUAUUAGUUUACCUUCAGGGGUUAGUUUCAUGCUUCCACCCGCAGGAUGGGUGUGAUUUCAAUGAACAUUUAUUCUGUAAUUAUCCUGAUGAACAAACAUACAGAAACACUGUUUCUUGAUGUUCCUGACUCUCUGUCUAUAUCUGUCGUGCUCUGUGACUUUAUAACAGGAGGCAGGUUUAGUUACAGUUUAGUGGGGGGACAUUUUUUAUUUCUGUUAAUACAUGGUAUCAAAGUCAAAUUGAUAUUGAAACUGUUAAAAUAAAUGUUAUUUGCAAAAUGCCAGAAGUCAAACAUAAUUUAACACUUUAUUUAACACUAAUUAUUUAACACUAUCUUUCAUACAUAUACAGGUAACUGCCAAAGUAAAGGACACACCAACAUAAAGUGUCUUAAUUGAGCAUUGAGCGACCACGAGCCGCCAGAACAGCUUAAAUGCGCCUUGGCUUAGAUUCUACAAGUGUCUGGAACUCUAUUGGCGGGAUGCAACAUGAUUCUUCCACGAGAAAUGCAAUAAUUUGGUGUUUUGUUGAUGGUGGUGGAAAAUGUCUCAGGCGCUGCUCCAGAAUCUCCCAUAAGUGUUCAACUGGGUUGAGAUGUGGGGUCACACUAAAUAUCUGCGUCCGCCAUUUCUGAAAAGAAUACGUACGUCUAAAAAUAUUUAGAUUUAUGAACUUGACAUAUGCCAUACAUAGCAUGUUUCCCAUUAUAAAUAUGACCAGUCACAAAACUGUGCCCGCAUUCUGCAAGAUUGAUUGUAUAUUGGAAAAAAUUUAAAAGUAGGUAACAGCCCACACUUCUAUGCAAAGGACGAAUUGUUGUUCAAUAUUUUGUUUAUCAAUACAUUAUUUUGUUUAUAUGUUCCUGCCUUGGUAUAGGCUGUGAGAUUAAAUAGGCUUAUGAUGUCACGCACCUAUUGCACAGCAAUACUGUAGCCUAUAUAUACUGUCAAAUAUUUUACAUCAAUUACUGGUCUAUUUACUGUGUUGGCAGAAUGUACAGUAAUUUGCAGUAAUUUAUGCUGUAUUUGGCAAAGGACUGAGACAGUUUCUGAAAGAGAACAAUGGCAAAUUGUUGUCGACCUGUCAGCAGAACAUUUGAAUUCAACAAUGUUUUGCAUUUACUUUUCCCCCCAACCUAAAUAUGCUAGAAUGCCCGCGAAUUCUGAAACAUUGUCUAAGCUACAUAAAACAAAUUGAAAUUACAGUGGGCUACCUACAGUAAUAGCAUACACACUUCAUAGUAAAAUAUAAACUGUUUUGAUGUUCACCUGUUAAAUUCAUCUGUAGGCUAUGAAGGAAAGGGAAAGGGGAUACCUGGUCAGUUGUACAACUGAAUGCAUUCUACUGAAAUGUGUCUUCCACAUUUAACCCAACCCUUCUGAAUCAGAAACCGCACUGCCUAUGGGAUCACGGCACGCACGGUUUAUAAAUGAGGCCCCUGGUGACUGAGAUACAGAUAGAUACACACACACACACACACACACACACACACACACACACACACACACACACACACACACACACACACACACACACACACACACCCUUUAAACCCCCCUAUGCUACUUUGAGACCCCUCUUUCAAAGUAACUGAGAUUUCUUCUAGCCACGGCAGCCAAAAUAAUGGGCAACUGGGCAUUUUAUACAUGACCCUAAGUAUGAUGGAAUGUUAAUUACAUAAUUAACUCAGGAACCCCACCUGUGUAGAAGCACCUGCUUUCAAUGUAUCGCUCAUUUACUCAACUGUUUCCUUUAUUUUGGCAGUUACCUACACUACCAGUCAAAAGCUUGGACACGCCUACUCAUUCAAGGGUUUUUCUUAAUUUUUGCUAUUUUCUACAUUGUAGAAUAAUAGUGAAGACAUCACAACUAUGAAAUAACACAUAUGGAAUAAUGCAGUAACCAAAAAAGUGUUAAACAAAUCCAAAUAUAUUUUAUAUUUGAGAUUCUUCAAAUAACCACCCUUUGCCUUGAUGACAGCUUUGCACACUCUUGGCAUUCUCUCAACCAGCUUCAUGAGGUAGUCACCUGGAAUGAAUUUCAAUUAAUAGGUGUGCUUUCUUAAAAGUUAAUUAGUGGAAUUUCUUUCCUUCUUAAUGCGUUUGAGCCAAUCAGUUGUGUUGUGACAAGGUAUAUAGAAGAUAGCCCUAUUUGGUAAAAGACCAAGUCCAUAUUAUGGCAAGAACAGCUCAAAUAAGCAAAGAAAAAUGACAGUUCAUCAUUACUUUAAGACGUGAAGGUCAGUCAAUACGGAACAUUUCAAGAACUUUGAAAGUUUCUUCAAGUGCAGUCGCAAAAACCAUCAAGCACUAUGAUGAAACUGGCUCUCAUGAGGACUGCCACAGGAAUGGAAGACCCAGAGUUACCUCUGCUGCAGAGGAUAAGUUAAUUAGAGUUACCAGCCUCAGAAAUUGCAGCCCAAAUAAAUGCUUCACAGAGUUCCAGUAACAGACACAUCUCAAAAUCAACUGUUCAGAGGAGACUAUGUGAAUCAGGCCUUCAUGGUCGAAUUGCUACAAAGAAACCACUACUAAAGAACACCAAUAAGAAGAAGAGACCUACUUGGGCCAAGAAACACGAGCAAUGGACAUUAGACCGGUGGAAAUGUGUCCUUUGGUCUGGAGUCCAAAUUGGAGAUUUUUAGUCCAACCACCAUGUCUUUGUGAAACGCGUAGUGGGUGAACAGAUGAUCCAUGUGUAUUUCCCACCGUAAAGCAUGAAGGAGGAGGUGUUAUGUUGUCGAUGUGCUUUGCUGGUGACACAGUGAUUUAUUUAGAAUUCAAGGCACACUUAACCAGCAUGGCUACCACAUAAUUCUGCAGCGAUAGGCCAUUACAUUUACAUUUUAGUCAUUUAGCAGACGCUCUUAUCCAGAGCGCAAACAUUAAUUUUUAAAAUUAUUUUUUCAUACUGGCACCCCGUGGGAAUCGAACCCACAACCCUGGCGUUGCAAACACCAUGCUCUACCAACUGAGCUACAUCCCUGCCAGCCAUUCCCUCCCCUACCCUGGACGAAUUGUGCGCCGCCCCAUGGGUCUCCCGGUCGCAGCCGGCUACGACAGAGCCUGGAUUUGAACCAGGAUCUCUAGUGGCACAGCUAGCACUGCAUUACAGUGCCUUAGACCACUGCGCCACUCGGGAGACUUCAUCCCAUCUGGUUUGGGCUUAGUGGGACUAUAAUUUGUUUUUCAACAAGACAUUGACCCAACACACCUCCAGGCUGUGUAAGGGCUAUUUUACCAAGAAGGAGAGUGAUGGCAUGCUGCAUCAGAUGACCUGGCCUCCAUAAUCUCCUGACCUCAACCUAAUUGAGAUGGUUUGGGAUGAGUUGGACCGCAGAGUGAAGGAAAAGCAGCCAACAAGUGCUCAGUAUAUGUGGGAAAUCCUUCAAGACUGUUGGAAAAGCAAUCUAGAUGAAGCUGUUUGAGAGAAGCCAAGAGCGUGUAAAGCUGUCAUCAAGGCAAAGGGUGGCUAAGAAUCUGAAAUAUAAUAUAUAUUUUGAUUUGUUUAACACGUUUUUGUUUACUACAUGAUUCCAUAUGUGUCAUAGUUUUGAUGUCUUCACUAUUAUUCUACAAUGUAAACAAUUGUAAAAAUAAAGAAAAACCCUUGAAUGAGUGGUGUCCAAACUUUUGACUGGUACUGUAUAUUUUAACACUUUAAACUUUUUUUACACUAUUAACUUUUACACCAUUUUGAAGAUCAAAUCAUUGCCUUUCAUGCAUACAGUACUAACUCGGUAAGUUUCUCUGUGAGGAAAUUAGGAUGGUUCUUGUUUAUAUUUUGUGCUGAUGCCAGGUCAGGCGGUUUUCAGAGGCAUACUUCUUCACAGAACACCCCAAAGAGACAUCCCUGACAUUUCAAGAGGACCUGUGAGUACUGCCAUUCCAGGAGCACAAUGAUGUAGUUUUGUCACUCUGUUUUACAUCAAAUGUUAUGUUAAUGCUUUACCUAAGGCGUCAUUCUAUGAAUAGAGAAAAGGUAGGUCGAAAGUGUUUGAGUGGUUAUGAUAGAUAGCCAAAAGUUAUAUUUUUCUUCUUUCUUCUUCUUCUUCUUCUUCUUCUUCUUCUUCUUCUUCUUCUUCUUCUUCUUCUUCUUCUUCUUCUUCUUCUUCUUCUUCUUCUGGUUAUAAAGGAUCAACAGACACGGUCAGAUAGCUGUGGAGGUGCGUAGCUCCAACUACCUGACCAGGAUGCCACCAUUACCUGUAGAAUGCUUGGACAUUGAUGGAGACUGGAACAGCCUGCCUAUCAUCUUCGAAGACAGAUAUGUAGAGUCUCCAUGGACAGGUGAGUUGGCUAAGUCCUGGAUUUCAUUCAACAGCGAUGUACAUUUAAAGGACAUUUCCUCUACAUUCGCGGAGAUCAUUAUCGCUCAUGGCUCAAUAAGAAUUCAUCUUUAAGCAGUGCAUAGGUUGUUUAUCUGUUUUAUUUUGAAUCCUGGUCUGAGUCUGCUUUUAUUUGUGCUAACAAUACUGUUUUAUCUGUUUCAGAGUCCUACUUAUUCAAGUAGUGUAGAUCAGCAUAAUUCAAACAUCUAGUAUUAGCGUAAGACCUAAACAUUUUCUCCAUCUUUAUUUCUAGAUUGGGGAUCAUCUAUGCCAACACCUCUUUCCACCAGUGAGCAGGCCAUCCCCAACCCUCCUGUCACUGAUGCCAACAAUAGUCCUCCUGCCCUGGACAAGCUCACCAGCUCACCAGCAGUACCAACCCAGGAACCUAAAGACAGUGAGGACUGCAUGGACCUGCUUACAUACGGGUCUGUCAUAGGAGAGCAGAGCAUCAGCAUUAUUACUGACAAGAUAGGAGAGACUUCAGACUCAAACCAGGCAGACCCAGACCAGGGAGAGCCAGUCCAGCCAGGGCAUCCAGAGGAGCAGGCCAAGGCAGAGGAGAUCUCAGAGGAGAGCCCUGGUUUAGGCCUGAGGAUCAUCAGAGUCAGGCCCACUGAUGUGGAUCGAUUCAAAGGAGAGGCAGUGCUGAUGGUCUCCUCCAACCACAAACAGUGUACAGACCCACAACAUACCUCUAACCGUGAAGACAUGACUUGGAAUGACUUGGAGAACCACCAAGACAUCAUCACACAGAGAUACCAGAACAUUAUCAGUACAGGAAAUGACUUGGAUGUAGAAGAGAAUGAUGUUGCUAUGGACGACGACAGCGAGGAUGUUCCUCUGAGCAGUCUAACCACUUACCCCCAGGCUCCACUCAAAGAUCCAUCCCCUCACACCCCCUCUACCUACAGACCUGAGGAGAGAGCUGUCCCACCGAGGGGUGGUGGGGGUGGGGGGCUCCAAGAUCAUGAACCGCUCCCCCUCCAUCAUCUCCGACUCAGGCUUCGAGAGCGAGCCCAGCUCGAUGGCCUGGCUCCUGGACGCUCACCGGACGGGAGGAGGGCACCCUCUGGAGGAGAUACUGGUACUGCAGCGCAUGGCGAGGAGACACCCGGUCCACCGCAGCUCCCUGGAGGGCCUGCAGACAGAGAGCAGAGCCAGCGGGGGCAGCCUGCCCAGCGCGGGCAUCCAGGCCUCCCUCACCUCCAUCUCGUCCCUGCCCUACGAGGACGACGAGGAACAGAGGAACCAGCAACAGCUCAGUAAAUUGACCAAGUCUGUCUCAGCUCCUCAGAUCUCCAGCCCUGAGGACACAGAAGAGGACCAGGGAGGAGCGGAGGAGGAGGUAGACACAGAGAGCGAGGGGACCAGUGGGUACCAGGACCAGGAGGAGGGAUACUCCUCCAUCUCCACUGCUGCCACCAAUGUAACAACUGGGGACUUGAUUAGACACCAGGAGUCUUUAUCCGGGGGAAACCACCCAUCUCUAGAGGACAUCCAAGAGGGAGAGCUGCCUGAGGUUGGCCUGUUUGACUGGGGAGCAGCGCUCUCACCACCCCAGCAGGUGACCAGAACUCAUAUGGAGAGUGGUCAUGUUCUUAAAGAAACUCUUAGAUCUAAUAAAUCAGCUUUGCCAGUGGCCCUGUCAGACACUCAGGAUAUGAAGGCAGUAUUAAGUGGCAUUAGUGGAGUACCUGAAGGCCAUGAUGACGUGAAGGACCCAGCUGUAGUCAGUCAGAUGGUGGAUAAGAACCAUCACAGAGGAGACAGCAGUGGUGUGUUAAACUCAGUGGACCCAGGUCUCUGUGAAGUAGAGAUCACCCCCUGUAGCUGUGAGACCAAACCCUGUGAACAUGACAGCAGUGUGCUGGUGGAUGAUGUGGAGGAGAAUCCAGUCAGGGAUGACUGUCAGAGUCUCCAUCAGAUUGGGUUGAGCGAUCUUGUUGACAAGGAACUGCUGGAUCAUCACCAGACUCCCUCCCAGAGCCUCCAUCGGGUCGGGCUGCGUGACCUGGUGGUGGUCUCACAGAGGAAGAGCCUCCACGACCCCAGGCCUAUCCCCUCUAUCCCAAACCACACAGAGAGACCCAUCCACCUUAUAGGCCUUACUGUUAAUGAUACGGCCAGGCCUAAUGACCUCAUAGGGCUCCCGGCCAAUGAGAGAGAGCAGCUGGAUCGCAACGGUCAGACUAACCCGGCUAAAAUCCCCAGUUGCUCGGGGUCAGGGUCGGGCUCAGGAUCAAACUCAGGGUCAGGCCUAUCCUUUAUGAACAGGAAGGUGGUGGAGGUGGUGAAUAUGUCUGUGUCCUGCGCUCCGACCUGUCUUCCCUUCUCCUCCGUCCUCCGGGACUCACCGUCCAUUACCGGCAUCUCCACUCGACAAGCCGCAUCCCCCAUUACCCAUCAGCCCCUGGGCUCCUUCGGCAUCAUCUGCUCGUCCAACGCCCUUGGGCCAGACGACGACACAAACGAGAGGAUGCUGCAGUGAGUUGUUUUCUCUUUCUAGUUUUACAAUGAGAAGGAAUGCUGCAGAAAGUUGUGGUGAACCAGCUACCUCUGUCAUAGAUGUGUGAGAAGUCAGACGUUUGCAUUGCUCUUUGACCUCUUUGAUGAUGAGUUCUUCUGAGUGUGGGAUUUCCCAUAAUGAUGCUGUUGUGAUUUUCAAUAAUGACGCCACCUCUGACCAUCACCUGUCCCCUCUGCCCACACUGUGUUCCAGUUUCUACAGGUCCAAAGAGGAUCUGGUGAAGGAGCUGGUGUUCAAGGCAACCCUUUACAGUGACCUCCCUCACCUGGCCUCUGACCUGCCCUACUUCCCCCCUGAGGAGGAGGAUGAGGAGUUUGAGGAUGGCAUACACCUGGUCGUCUGUGUCCACGGCCUUGAUGGUGAGACAAUCAAUCAAUUAAUCAAUCAAACAAUCAAUCAAUCAAUCAAAUCAACCAAUCACCUGAUCCACCUGUUUAAAGGUGUAUUGUUUUAUUGUCUCCUCCUAGGGAAUAGUGCAGACCUUCGCCUGGUGAAGACCUUCAUAGAGCUGGGAUUACCAGGGUCCAGACUGGACUUCCUCAUGUCAGAGAGGAACCAGGUAAAAUACAGAAUAUUCUGUCUGCACAUUAAUACAAUAAAUAUUGAUUUUAAAGAAUCGAUAAUAUGUAUUAGAAAAUCCUGUGAGUAUGCUUUAAUUUUAAGCUACUUAUGUCAGAGCACCAUUGUAAAAGAGGUAUUUUAAUCUCAAUAGGAUUUCCUGGUUAAAUAAAUGUGAAAAUAUGUUAGUUGUUUUCCUCUCCCUUGGCUGCAGACUGACACAUUUGCAGAUUUCGACACCAUGACGGACAGGCUAAUAGACGAGAUCAUCCAGCACAUUCAGCUGUACAACCUCACCAUCGGACGGAUAAGGUCAGUGUCCUAACCACCUCACAACAUUAAGGUCAGUGCCCUAACUACCACACAACAUUAAGGUCAGUUCUAACUACCACACAACAUUAAGGUCAGUUCUAACUACCACACAACAUUAAGGUCAGUUCUAACUACCACACAACAUUAAGGUCAGUUCUAACUACCACACAACAUUAAGGUCAGCUCUAACUACCACACAACAUUAAGGUCAGUGUCCUAACCACCACACAACAUUAAAUGUCAGUGUCCUAAUCACCACACAACAUUAAGGUCAGUUCUAACUACCACACAACAUUAAGGUCAGUUCUAACUACCACACAACAUUAAGUACAGUUCUAACUACCACACAACAUUAAGGUCAGUUCUAACUACCACACAACAUUAAGGUCAGUUCUAACUACCACACAACAUUAAGGACAGUUCUAACUACCACACAACAUUAAGGACAGUUCUAACCACCACACAACAUUAAGGUCAGUUUUAGCUACCACACAACAUUAAAGUCAGUUCUUACUAGCACACAACAUUAAGGUCAGUGUCCUAACCACAACACAACAUUAAGGUCAGUUCUAACUACCACACAACAUUAAAGUCACUUCUUACUAGAACACAACAUUAAGGUCAGUGCCCUAACCACCACACAACAUUAAGGUCAGGGCCCGGUUGCAUAAAACAUCUUAAGUGUUUCCCUUAAGGGUUUACCUUAAGGAAUCAUUUUCCCUUACCUAAGGGAAUUGUUUAAGGGAGUUUCAUAGAGCCCCUCAAAUAUUCCCUUACUUAAGGGCAUACUUAAAGAGUUUUACAGUAGUUUGAAGGCAUGUACUGCAGAAAGAGUAUCUGGUUACAAUGAAGAUGGCCUGAUUCACUGACUAAAUGUCUCAUCAAAGAGAUCACAUUUAUUUUGUGAGAUAGCAAAAUAGAACUUCUACAAUCAACACCACUUUUUCUCAACUUGUUUUUAAAAACUUUCUAGCACUUCAAGCUAGCUUACAGAGUAGCUAGCUAACUGCCAGCUAGCUUUGUAGCCACGGAUUGUGCAUCUUCCAUUGUUUAGCUAAGUCGCUAGAUAGUUGAUGUAUUUAUUUUGUAACCAGGGCAGAUGAAAGCAACAUUCACCUCCACAAAUUAUGUUUACAUUGAUAACCAUACUGAAUUAAUACACAUUAAAAUGUUUUGUGCAACUGACUUAAAGUUAAGGAAACUUUAAGGAAAAAUAUAAGGGGGAAAUUAACUUAAGGUGUUUUAUGCAACUGGGCCCAGUGCCUUACCUACCACACAGCAUUAAGGUCAGUUCUAACUACCACACAACAUUAAUAUCAGUCUCCUAACCACCACAAAACAUUAAGGUCAGUGUCCUAAACACAACACAACAUCUCUGUUUAUUAUCUAUGCAUAGUCACUUUAACUCUACCCACAUGUACAUAUUACCUCAAUUACCUCGACUAACCUGUGCCCCCGCACAUUGACUCUGUACCAGUACCCCCUGUAUAUAGCCUCCCUACUGUCAUUUUAUUUUACUGCUCUUUAAUUAUUUUUAACUUAUCCAUUUUUUUUUACUUAACACUUAUUUUUCUUAAAACUGCAUUGUUGGUUAAGGGCUUGUAAGUAAGCAUUUCACUGUAAGGUCUACACCUGUUGUAUUCGGUGCAUGUGGCAAAUACAAUUUGAGUUGAUUUGAUUAAGGUAAUUUCUAACUACCACACAACAUUAAGGUCAGUGUCCUAACCAAGACACAGGUAUGGUAAUAGGAGGCAAUGGAGAAACAAAACAGAUGUAGUAUUCUUUAUAGCCACUAGAUAUCAGCAUAUGAAUACAUUAUGAUAUUCCCUGGGAAGAUCUCAACUGCAUACACCUCGCGCGAGUCCUCUGUCCUCGUCACCUUCUCAAAACCUAUUGGAUGAGAAAGCCAGAGGUUCCUCCCCUCUGACCUACUCCUCCAAUGUGUUUUGAGAAGGAGAUGAGGAGAGAGGACUCGAGGAGUAUGUUAAGAUCUUCCCCAGAAGAUUUGCACACCUCCUGCAUCCUCGCUACUCCGUCCUCUCUCGCCUCCUUUUGAAAAAGGUAAAAGGAGAGUCGGUGAGGAGAGUGAACGUGGAUGGAAAUGUGCUUGCUUGAAAUGAGACGGUCGUCAUUAGGCAAAUUACAUUUACGGGGUGGAUCCCAAAAUAAAUGUGUAAAGUGCUCAAACAAAUUAAGUUAGUUGUGCAAGACAUGUUAUAGAUGAAACAAUAAGUAGCAUAUCGUUUUUAAAUGUGUGCAUGUUUUUUUGCCUUCUGACAAAACAAAAGCUGAUUCAAAGGGGGUUUGGCAGAUUUAAAAACUAUCCUUGAUGAAAGGUGGCUAUCGAGGAGGGGAGGACACUUCCGUUUGCCUACUAACGAAUUCACACACUGCUCGACCUCUUGACCACUUAUCGGUUUCCGGGUCACGGAGGAGAGAGGAUGGAGGAGAGAGGACAGAGGACGGACUUUUGCCCAAACGAGAAAACCCCCCUAUCUCAGUUCAAUCCUAAACCCUAUCAAACUGAUGGCCAGUUAGAGCAGAGGAGGCUGGUGGGAGGAGCUAUAGGAGUGGAAUGGAAUUAAUGGAACGGAGUCAAACGUGGUUUCCAUAUGUUUAAUGUAUUUGAUACCGUUCCAUUUAUUCCAUUCCAGCCAUUACAAUGAGCCUGUCCUAUAGCUCCUCCCACCAGCCUCCUCUGAGUUAGAGAAAGUUUUAAUAACCCAGUAAUGGAGGAUAUUCCCAUGCACUGUCAAUCACUUAGCAUUGUCUUUGAAUUGAAGAACUUAAACAUAUUUCUCUCCGCAGCAGAGCACUAUUAGGUCCAAAUCAAGUACAGUGAUUCAUCAUGUACAAUAAUUGCCCUAAAUAUGCCAAUUUUCCUAUCUGAGUUUCUGGGUGUGCUAUUUUAGUAUGCAUUCUUUUCAACAUUGUUUAUACUCUGGUGAACUGUGACUAAAGACAUGGAGUGCCACAGUAGCAGCUGUCUCUCUCCACAUCGCCUCUAUAUUUAGUGUUAGAGGAAACAGAUGAGGUUGUUAGUAGCUGGUGUUGAGGGAAGCUGCCCAGUACUGUGAUGAUGGUGAUACUACUGUAAUUAGCAGAUGGGAAAUGAACAUCUAAGGAAAUCUAGUGUCUCAAUGACUACUGGGACAAAGCAGCUAAUUAUUCUAGCUACCACUAUCUUAGCCAUUAAGACGUCAAGACGUCAACUUGCUUUGGAGGACGCUUAUUUGGACAUUAAUCAUCUCUUUGGAAUUAAAAACAUAAAGAUGUAUUUUCUUGGCAAAACUCAAGGGCUAGAGUGGAUGAGCUACCCUCAUCCUGAACACUUUAUACUGAUAGAAUAAAUACCAGGGGGCCAAAGAAUUGGAGGCACCUCUUGCUGUGCAUAGCUUCUAUCCUAUAAUAAGAAACUGUGCAGUCAGUCUUGGAAGUCUUUUCAUUGUGCAUUCUUUAGUCUAACGAGACCUGGGUAGCAGCAGAGUAAUGUAUUUUUCUGUUCUGUUUAUCUGUUCUGUUUGUUCUGUUUGUCUGUUCCGUUUGUCUGUUCCGUUUGUCUGUUCCGUUUGUCUCCUCUUUCCGACCCUCAGUUUCAUCGGUCACUCUCUGGGGAACGUGAUCAUCCGGUCGGUGCUGACAAGGCCUCGGUUCCGCUGCUACCUGGUCAAACUGCACACCUUCCUGUCUCUGUCCGGACCACACCUGGGAACGCUGUACAACAACAGCACGCUGGUCAGCACAGGUGAGGUGGGGAGGGUCAGAAUACUUAUCUACUUACUUAGGCUUUUGAAAUCCUUGCGAAACACAGGCCAUCGUCAACUCAGCAUGGAAAUAGAAACAGCACAGUGCAGAUACUGUAUAUACUGUAUUACUCCAAGGAGUGUUUCUGAUUCUGGUUUUGUCUCCUCAGCAGCUUCCUACCAGUCUGUGUAUUAAUUGUACAGUAUUCAGCUCUGCUCUGUGCUCCUCCCAGUGUCUUCAAAGGGGGAUGUGUAUGUCUGUAAUUCAGAUGGUUGUUACAGGUCUGUGGCUGAUGUCUGUGGUUGUUUUAGGUAGGAGGCUGAUGUCUGUGGUUGUUUUAGGUCUAUGGCUGAUGCAGAAGCUGAAGAAAUCCGGAUCGUUGCUGCAGCUCACCUGCAGAGAUCACACCGAUCCUCGCAAAACCUUCCUCUAUCUUCUCAGUCAGAAACCAGGUAGGUACUGCUAUAAUGUAGGACAAACUAUACUGUAAGAGCACAAUGAGCUCAAAUAUUCAUAAAAAUGUUGGUCAUCUUAUUGUUUUUUGUUUAGUUUUUUUCUAUUUUCCUCUCCAUAUGUCAUCUGGCUAACACACAGACUCCACUAGCUAGCUAGCUCUGUUCUGGGAAGCCCCCCCCCACUGUGUGAGAUGAACAAAGCAUCCGUUUGUCAAAGACUCCAAGUACAUAAGCCAGAAAAAUGCUUUUUUCUUCGAGCUGUGCCGGGCUGACAAAAUGAUCCAAACCCUGUCAUUUGAAACGCAGCAGUGCACUCUUUUAAGAGCACAGUGACAGGAGACACGAGAAAUAACACAUCUUUAUCAGUCGAGGGCUGUCAAACAAUGAUGAUGGCACCAAGUGAUACAUAUAUAUAUAUAACCUACAAACUCUCUCUCUGUCUGUCUCUCUGUCUUUCUCGCUCUCGCUGUCUCUGUCUCUCGCUCUGUCUCUCUCUUUGUCUCUGUCUUUCUCUCGCUCUCUGUCUCUCUCUCUCUGUCUCUCUCUGUCUCUCUCUUUCUCUCUCUCUCUCUGUCUCUCUCUGUCUCUCUCUUUCUCUCUCUCUCUCUCUCUGUCUCUCUCGCUCUCUCUGUCUCUCUCUCUCUGUGUCUCUCUCUGUCUCUGUCGCUCUCUCUGUCUGUCUCUCUCUCUCUCUCUGUCUCUCUCUCUCUCUCUCUCUCUCUCUGUCUCUCUCUCUGUCUCUCUCUCGCCCUCUCUGUCUACGCCCUCUGUUUGUCUCUUUUCUCAGGACUCCAGUUCUUCAAGAAUGUGGUGUUGGUGGCAUCGCCUCAGGACCGAUAUGUUCCCUUCCACUCUGCCAGGAUAGAGAUGUGCAGGACUGCACUCAAAGACAGGACCACAGGUUAGCACCACUCACUGCAGCUCCUAUGUUCCUAUUAUAAAGUCCAUAUGAAGGGCCUCCCGAGUGGUGCAGUGGUCUAAGGCACUGCAUCGCAGUGCUUGAGGCGUCACUACAGACCCAGGUUUGAUCCCAGGCUGUGUCACAGCCAGCUGUGAAUGGGAGACCCAUGAGGCAGCGCACAAUUGGCCCAGCAUCAUCCGGGUUAGGGGAGGGUUUGGCCGGCCGGGAAGUCCUUGUCCCAUCGCGCUCUAGCGACUCCUUGUGGCGGGCCGGGCGCCUGCAAUCUGACUUCGGUCGCCAGUUGUACGACGUUUCCUCCGACACAUUGGUGAGUCUGGCUUCCGGGUUAAGCGAGCAGUGCGGCUUGGCAGGGUCGUGUUUCGGAGGACACAUGGCUCUUGACCUUAGCCUCUUCCGAGUCCGUAUGGGAGUUGCAGCGAUGGGACAAGACAGUAACUACCAAUUGGGGGGUAAAAGUACAACAAAUAAAGACCAGAUGCCUGCAAUCUCCACCAAAUACAUCUAAGAAGCAUAAUUUACAUAGUGAACAAUCGUCAUCACAUACUGUACCUAUCUCUUUGUUGACGUGCCAGUGUGAUUGCGUAAAUACAGAAAGCUUUUAACGUUCAAUCAGAGACUGAACCGUAACAUGUGUCUGUCUGUGUUUCCACACUGUAGGUCUUUGUGUACACUAACCAACGUGUUUCUGUCUCCAUAUUCAAGGUCCAGUGUACACAGAGAUGAUCAACAACCUACUCCAGCCGUUGGUGGGGGCUAAGGACUGUCGUCUGAUUCGCCAGAAUGUGUUCCACGCCCUGCCCAAUACCGCCAACACUCUGAUUGGCCGAGCCGCUCACAUCGCCGUGCUCGACUCUGAACUCUUCUUGGAGAAGUUCUUCCUGGUCGCAGGGCUCAACUACUUCAAAUAGAACUUCAAACUACUUCAAAUAGUACUUCAAACUACUUAAAAGGGAUGCUUCAGGAUUUUUAUCUACUUCCCCAGAGUCAGAUGAACUCGUGGAUACCAUUUUUAUGUCUCUGCGUGCAGUUUGAAGGAAGUUGCUAACUAGCAGUAGCGCAAUUGCUAACUAGCGUUAGGGCAAUGACUGGAAGUCUAUGGUAACUGCUAGCAUGCUAGUAGAUACCGUAGACUUCCAGUCAUUGUGCUAACGCUAGUUAGCAUUGGCUCGCGAAACUACCUCUAACUUCCUUCAUACUGGAUGCAUAGACAUAGAAAUUGUAUCCACUACUUCAUCUGACUCUGUGGAAGUAGAUAAAAGGCUUUAUUGCCAAAAUCCUGAAGUAUCCCUUUAAAUAGAGGCUCAACUAUUUAAAAAAGUAGAACCACUACUUCAAAUAGAGCUGUAGCUAUAGAGAAACUGGCUCAGAGAGGCCCUAGGUCUAUAUGAAGAUCUCCUUGUUGUGGUUGACUGGAUAGGAGGACUUAGUGAGAGGAAGGGGGUUGCACCAUGACUAUGUACAGUGUAUAUUUAAAGUAUGUAUACCUCUGUUACCCCUGCUGUCAAAGAGGUGGUCAUAAGCUCUAUACAACCCAUCCAUAUUAACAGCUGUAUACAGUAUGUCAAGUGAAACGACUGAUGUGGUGCAUCGUGUGGCUCAUUGAUGUUAUAUAGGCCUUAUGAACACCCCUUUAUCCCAAAGUAUAGUCAAUAUAAUAUACAUCUAAUGUUCAUCCCAAAGCGCUACCAAAUCAAGAGCAUUUCAUUUUGGUCUUCAAGCCUGACCUGAAGUGGCUAGUCUGAAUGAAUCACUGGAUGAAGGAUCUACUUGAAGGAUUACAUGAUAGUUGCUUGGAAUUUAACUCCUUGAUUUUAAAUGUUAUAAUACACAUGUUUCAAACUCCACAUAGAACUGUGGUGGUAUUAUAUUGUACAAAUGUUUCUUUUUAUGAAAGGAAUUUAGAUAUGAUUUAAAAUGAUGUAUUUUCCAUUAUGCCAUAUCCAUACGUUCGUCAGACUAUGACCAUUGUGUUGUGUAUUUUAUAUCAUACAAUUUCAACACAUAACAUGAAGGCCAAAUCAAGAGGUUAACCUUCUCUGCAGUAUACAGUGUAAUAUAUACAAUGCAAGAAAAAGGUGUUCUAUAUAUUUCUUGUAUAAGUUUAUAUACAAUAUAUUACAUAUCUAAAAAGUGUGUGUUGGUCGAAAGCAUUUAUGUGUCUCAAACAAACUGCUGAGUUGAGUUAUCAACCAUGUAAUGCCUUCGUGUUCUUUAAAAUAAGGUAUAUCCCAACCUCCUCAAUAAGGUAUUAUGUACCUUCUACCGACUGUAGUGAUCCUAUUGAGAUAUGAGUAUUACUACUACUAAGAUAUGAGUAUUACUAUACUGAGAUGAGUAAUACUAUGCUGAGAUAUGAGUAUUACUAUCCUGAGAUAUGAGUAUUACUAUCCUGAAAUAUGAGUGAUACUAUUCUGAGAUAUGAGUAUUACUAUACUGAGAUAUGAGUAAUACUAUACUGAGAUAUGAGUAUUACUAAACUGAUAUAUGAGUAUUACUGCUACUUAGUCCAUUGUGUAAUUAUCUGGGUUGAUUAAGAUUUGAAAUAUAGAAUCAUGAAAUAAGAAUGGCUGUGGCUCAUAUCCCUUGGAAAUGACCAUACAUUUUUUUCAGAUUUCUCAUACUGUAUGUGCACUGCUUUUAGAGUUCGAUUUUGUAUGCAUUGAACCUUUAAUGUCGCUACCUUGUCUAUGACAGGAACAGUAUAAUAAGGAAGGCGUCACUUUCCUGCAUCUGAGAACAGUGUCUCUACUAUGGGCACUGACUAGUAGGCACUAUGCUUCUGUUCAUCAAAAUCAAAUAAUGUUUACGUUUUUAGAUUUACAGAGAUGUUGUCAUGGUAUCACUUGGAGAUGACUGAAGGUGCGUCUAUGGAGGUCAUGUACCGACACAGACCUGUAUUUAUUCUUUGCACUGGUUUGACUGACAAGUGCACUUUACGGUGGACGUUACAGCAAGUAGGCCUAUAGAUACACUUGCUAUACGAAGUCCUUGCACUCCAAACAUUGUCCUUCAUAUAUUGAUGUUUCAAAUGAUAUUGUACAUACUCCAUUCUCCCGCUCACAGGUUAGCUUUGAAGGAUGUGUCCAUGCAGCUAGUGGCAAGCGACAAAGCUUGACCUUACUCGUCUCCUAUUGUAAUGUCCCAUCUCCUAGUGUUCUGUUGUCACUGUCAUUAAGCCCUGUCCUAGUGUCCUUGCAGUACAAGUGGUCUUUUUCUUAAGUUGAGCUCCUGUGGCUGCUCUGUUUGCUCCAGCGCUGCCUGGUAAGCAGAGUGUCACUGGGGUUGACUUUAAUUAAAUGGCUCCCGUUAGGACGCACGCAAACAUGCAUGCACGCCGUACACACACACACACACACACACACACACACACACACACACACACACACACACACACACACACACACACACACACACACACACACACACACACACCAAUAGAAAGGGGGCUAGGUUGUUCCUGUUAGGACAAUGAGGGGAUUGCUGUUUGUGAAACCUCUACAGAAGCUGUGUCAGCAGUCUGGUAGAGCUAGCAGGCAUCAUGCAUCAUUUCCUUCUGACAUCCCUCUUGCCUGUGCUUUUACCUCCAAAGGGCCAUGAUCUGUUUGUCUGUUUGCCCAAAGGGUCACAUCGUUCGUGAAGUAAAGCUUUUAGUUUUCAUUCUCUCUCAGGGCAAGGGCAGGUGUGGAUUGAGAUUUUAAUAUUCAUGCUUUACAGGUUAUGUGGUUUAAUUAAUUGACAUGUCAUAACAGUUUUUUUGUGAGUUUCUGUGUUUUCCAGUAGCUGUAGGCCUACAUGUCUUUAAAUUCAACAUACAGCUCUAUUCAAUGGAUUUUGUUCAUUGUGUUUCUUUGGUUAAACAAAACAUUCUGAUGCGAAAAUCCUUGCCUGCUUCACACAGUCAGACAGGGCUGCUAUUCUGGUGUUGUUAUGAAGAGAUAAACGCUUCCCAUUUCAAACCAUUUAAACUUUAUUUUAAACUAUGAUUAUUUUUCUUUCUUCUUGUUGACUCCUACAGUAGACAUGACUUACCUCUGUCACCAUAGCAACCCCUGAUAUGGUUGACUGAACCUUUUGUAUUUUAUUUAAUUAUUAUAAUUGUGAGAGUGAAUACUCCUUUGUUACACUGUGUGUGUGUGUGUGUGCGCGUGUGUCACAGGCGGCCAGUGGCACCUUAAUUGGGGAGGAUGGGCUCAUAGUAAUGACUGGAACGGAUUAAAUGGAAUGGUAUCAAACACUAUUCCAUUCACUCCAUUCCAGCCAUUAUUAUGAGCCAUCCUCCCCUCAGCAGCCUCCUGUAGUGUGUGUGUGUGUGUGUGUGUGUGUGUGUGUGUGUGUGUGUGUGUGUGUGUGUGUGUGUGUGUGUGUGUGUGUGUGUGUGUGUGUGUGUGUGUGUGUGUGCGCGUGUGUGUCCUCUAUGUGUGCUUCUGUAUAAAAUGCUCCAAGGCAUAUUUGUGUCAUGUUUGUGUAGUGGGUUUAUUUAGAUGGUAUUUUCAUUGUCUGUCUGCUGAGGAUUGUGCUGGAAUAUGACACAUUUCCAGCUGUUUGGUGUGACUUGUGAGUAACGUUGUAUUUAUUUAUUUUAUUUUUGCUAACAAUAUAAUAGAACUUAAUCCGUGCCAAUAAUACUAAUCUAAUAUUUUUCUAUGUUUGCUUACUGUCUGUGUUCCUUAGUAGCUUGUGCCCGUGUAAAAAUAUACAUAUAUAUAUUACAUACAGAACAUUAUGAUAUAAACAAUAUCAACAUUAUAUUAUAAUUAAAAAGUAUGUUUCUUUAUGCAAUUGUGGGGCUUGCCUUCUUUGUUCUCAGCUAAAGAAACUGUAAUGCAAUAUUUCUGUAUUAAGCUUAGUACAGGUGACUAUAACCGUUAGAGAACAAAGGCUCAAAACAUAAAGGAUGGGACUAAAAACAAACAAAAGAUAACUAAUGCAAAAUAUGUUGUGUCCAUAAAAUGUAUAUAGUAUGUAUAAGCUGGAAGUAGAAGCCUAAGUGUUGUUGUCCAUUAGUUUACUCCAAUUAGGGGAGGGUUGGUAUAAUAUUUACUACCCUAAACCAUACAUAAAAUAUAUGAUCUCACUAUUACCUUAAUAAUAUCUAGUUGCGCUAGGAAAAACAGUACAAUAUAACACAAGUUAAAAUACUAUAAUAUAGAGAACUAGGGAUAGUGUGUAACACAUUCCACCAUUCUCCCUUCGAGGGCAAACGUCUGGUCACUAAGUCGGUAACUGCAGGUAUCCUUACAGAGAGCUGAACAUGUCUAAUAGAUUUGGCUCAAAGUGCAUGAAAGUCAUUCCACCUGCUCAGUGAGGCUGCUGCUGAUUGGUCCUGUACCGUCCACCUGGGCAGGCCAGUACAGGUCACUACCGUACAGGGGGACAAUGUUCUGCACCACUGCACAGAGAAAAUGUCUCUCUUUCUCUAUAUAUAUAUCUCUCUCUCUCCCUCUCCCUCCCUCUCAUAAUUGCCUGGGACAAUUACUGACCAGACACAAUUUCUCAGUUCCAUCCUAUUGUAUUAAAGAUGUGCCUCUCUGUUCAGAGGUAAUAGGUGGGAAGUGUCAGAAUAUGAAUAAUGAAAUAGAUCAUAUCAAGAAACACCAGCUGUACUAUAGAUAGAAACAAACAGAAAGCAAUGAGUAUCUGUCAUAUUAAAUCAUUUAUUUAUAAAGUUUAUUGAAUGUUAAAAGUAUGGGUUGUAGUGCCAGCCAGCACACCACUACUAUCAACAUUUAUGUAUGAAUAUAAUGCUUAUUUUCAAAAUAUGAUAUAAAUCUAGGUUAUGGACAACCUAGGUGGUGGAUUCGAACCUGUACUCCUGAGUGGCGCAGUGGUCUAAGGCACUGCAUCGCAGUGCUAACUGUGCCACUAGAGAUCCUGGUUCGAAUCCAGGCUCUGUCGCGACCGGGAGACUCAUGGGCGGCGCACAAUUGGCCCAGCGUCGUCCAGGGUAGGGGAGGGAAUGGCCGGCAGGGAUGUAGCUCAGUUGAUCGAGCAUGGCGUUUGCAACGCCAGGGUUGUGGGUUCGAUUCCCACGGGGGGCCAGUAUAAAAAAAAUAUGUAUUCACUAACUGUAAGUCGCUCUGGAUAAGAGCGUCUGUAAAAAUGUAUUUUCUAACGUGGGUGCCAGUCUGUUUCUGCUCUCUUGCCAACUCCUUAUGGAAUUGUCAUGCCAAAUGUUUAGCUUGGUCAAAGCACAAACAGAUCUGGAACCAGGUAGGUAUUUUCUAGGUUACAGUACAAUAUAUUUCUGUGGAUGCAUAAUGAUCUCUGCAUCUACUGGGUACAGAGCUGGUGAUUCUACUGGUUUCUACCCGGUUACAGAGCUGGUGGGUCUACUGGUUUCUACCCGGUUACAGAGCUGGUGGGUCUACUGGUUUCUACCCGGUUACAGAGCUGGUGGGUCUACUGGUUUCUACCUGGUUACAGAGCUGGUGGGUCUACUGGUUUCUACCUGGUUACAGAGCUGGUGGGUCUACUGGUUUCCACCUGGUUACAGAGCUGGUGGUUCUACUGGUUUCUACCCGGUUACAGAGCUGGUGGGUCUACUGGUUUCUACCCGGUUACAGAGCUGGUGGGUCUACUGGUUUCUACCUGGUUACAGAGCUGGUGGUUCUACUGGUUUCUACCUGGUUACAGAGCUGGUGGGUCUUGACGUAGUGCGGGUCUCUACUGUGAACCUAUAGUGUGGUCUCUGCUGAAGUUAUGUCCUGCAGGGGUAGUCAAGAGUUCAUUAUGAGCACCACCAUAUGAGAAUAAACUGUGGCUAGAUGGAUCAGGCCUGACCUGACCUUGUGUGGCCUACACCACACAACUAACAGUUAUACUGUACCUGUUGUUGGGGAAGCUACUCUGAAAAUAUAGUUUACCAAGCUACCAAUUACUUCACACUGGAAGAUGUUAAGCUACAGUAAAGCUACCCUUAAAAAAUAGAGUUUGUUUAACUAAAGUAGUACACUGAUCAAAACUACCUUGUCGGAAUCUGAAAUGUCAUGUAAUACAAAGUUAAGAAACAUGACUACAAGAACACAUCAAAUGUUAACAGUGUAGUGGAGCUCUUUGUGACAGCCAGAGAGUGAGUGUGUCGGGUUAGCCCAGUGGUCAGGGAGAUAAAAAAUAAUGUGUAGUUAUUUUGCUAAUAAUUUAGUGGUUCUUUUGUGAGCAAAAAUGUUAUGGGUAGUUCCAGUAGUUAGCUACACCACUACAUGGCAAAAAACGAAUUAGGUACUGAAAACACUACAACACUACUCCAAAAAUGUAGCUAAAUUACUAGUUGAAUUACAUGUAGUGGAACUACUCACCAACACUGUUGUAGAGUUCAGCAUGGCUUGGUCAGACCCCCUCAAAUCAAAACCAUGAUAAUUUCACCAAAUUAAAGCCGUCGCAGGACUCAGAUGCCAGUUACAAAACGUCUUCAUAGAUGUUUGAAUAGUUUUUGCUAUCUCAGUUCUUUAAAGCUUUUUUUUCAGAAUCUGCUCUCUGAGUCCCACUGACAUCCUUAACUCUGGUGGCAAUAUGGUUAAACACGAACACAUUAUCAUCCAAACAUAUACACUUAUUGACACAGCGACGUAGGCCUACACCACAGGAGGUUGGUGGCACCUUAAUUGGGGAGGAUGGGCUCAUAGUAAUGGCUGGAACGGAAUCAAUGGAAUGGUAUCAAAAACAUCAAUAACAUGGUUUCCACGUGGUUGAUACCAUUCCAUCCUCUCCAUUCCAGCCAUUUUAAUGAGCCAUCCUCCCCUCAGCAGCCUCCUGUGGGCUACACACAGCCACCCCAUACAAUUUACCAAUAAGAUUUUCCAUCAUGGAAAUAUCUGUUAUAAUCAGACUCUCCAAAAGAUGGCACUACCCUCCUCUAUUCUUGUUGUUCAGAAGGUUGUGAGGCAGCGUGAAAGACAGAUUGAAAUUACAUGGGGUUCAGUUUAUUGUGGCAUUUUAUGUUGUGAUUGAAUUGAACAAUAUCAAGUCAUUCAUAGACGGAUGAUCAUCUUUUCCUGGAUACAUUUGUGAUAAAACAGACUAUCUUUCUUCUUCGUCAUCUUUAGUCAGUGUGCACAUGGAAUUAUGAAGGAUAUCUCUUGGAGUCUGGGCAAGUUUGUCUGUAGGCUGUGAAGUGAUCUAUAGGUCAGAGACAUACUUAACAAGAGGUGAGGAGACUCACAAAUAGACAGACAGACAGCAGAGGUACAGGCCAAAGUAUUGAUCCAGAAGUAUUUAACAUUUCAUGUACAACCCUCACUGGUGAUUCAGUGUCAGGGUGCUUCCAUCCUUCUUAUCGAAACAACAGAGAACAAACAUGAUCCUCAAAAGGGAUCCAUAAGCUAUGAGCCUCGCAAAGCAUGUUACAGACAAAUAGUGAACGCUUGUUUUGACCACAACAACAAUAUUUAUUUGAAAGGUUAUCAGCUUCUCCAAGACCCUGUAAUAUAGAUAAGUAACAUCCUGGCUUCGUGCACGAUUCUGGCAACACCCACCAAUUGGUGGAGAAUGCACUUGGACACAUCUAGAUCAUUCUGCUUGGUGGAGGGGCUGUUACUGUUGCUGCAGAGGUCAACGUGUUCUCUCAAACAUCUAUAGAGAGAUGUAUACAUUGUGAGAGAGAGAGAGAACAUGAUGGAGAGAGAGCGAGAGAGAGAGAAAGAGACACAGAGAGAGAGAGACAGAGAGAAAGAGAGAGAGAGAGAGAGAGAGAGAGAGAGAGAGAGAGAGAGAGAAAGAGAGACAGAGACAGAGACAGAGACAGAGACAGAGACAGAGAUGUACAUAUGUAGGAUCUUAAUUUGACCUAUAUUGUCACCGCAAAAUAAUCGUGCAGCAACAGGAUUUGAACGUUUAGUCCAUAACGUUGCUUGAGCGAUGGUUAGGCUGCUAGCUGGCCAAAAGUAGGCUUAAUGAAAAGUGCAACACUGUUAAUAUAACCGUGUGUUAGUGUGGGCUUUCAGUGAAUUUAUGUAAAUUGCAAAGCUAAUAUGAACAUUUUCGACAACAAAAGAGGGAUCAAAUGAUCAUUGCUGUAAAAUGCCAAUACUGUAAUGACAAUGACAGCAGAACAACAUGAUCACAGUCACCACAGUGAUUCCACAGUCAGUUAUUAUUGCUCUCUACAUUGUUAAUGAUGUCCUGCCCACUAUCCAAUAUGAACUCACCCAUAGUCACAAUAUGUCUGUGUCCCAAAUGGCCCCCUAUACCCUGUAUAAUGCAUCACAUUUGAAAAGAGCCCUAUGGGCCCUGGUCAAAGGUAGGCCACUAUAAAGUGAAUAUAAAGUAAAUAUGUCACAGAAUAGUGCACUGAGAGUUCAGGUAUUGUUUUGAAUGUGACUCAGGUUUACUUCGUCAACAAAUGUCUCUCCAUCUCGUACUCUCCCUGUUCACUCAAACAUCCACAACAAUAAGACCAAUUUACUCCACUAUCAUUCACGUUGGGAUUGGCUAUAUACUGUCGCUUGUGGCUUCAGAGAGAAGAAGAAUGGACAAUGACUAUCAACAAAACCAAUCUGAGACCCACUCCAAGGACAACAACUUGAAUGUGGGACCUCCAAGGUUUACAGCUAUGCUUUUGGAACAUUUCAGACUUUAAAAAAAGAAUUUAUCGUAUAUCCCCUAAGAAUACUGAACAGCAGCAGGAUUGAAUUUCUUAACCAUAGUUGGUGGAAGUAAAAAGAUAAAACUAUAAAUCUGUCAACCCAGCGGUUUUAAACAUGAAGUAAUCUGCUUUAAUCCUGGGAGAUCACAGCAUGCAAAGAAACGCUAAUCCCACAUAAUGAUGGCUGUGCAUCACAAAGGUCCACUCUGUCAGGAGAAAUACAGAUGGUAGAGGGAACGCACUGUGUGUGUGGGGGCGUCGAGUGUGUGCGUGUGAACUUUGGAGCCAGUGGUAAGCCAUUCAGUGCCUCUUUCUGUGACCAGAUAUGUUGUAACAGUGGAAGGAAAUACUGUGUAGCUACUCUCUUAGAAAAAAAUGUGCUAUCUAGAACCUAAAAUGGUUCAUCCUCUGUCCCCAUAGAACCCUUGAAGAACCUUUUUGGUUCAAGGUAGAAUCAUUUUGGUUCCAUGUAGAACCCUUUCCACAGAGUGUUCUACAUGGAACCCAAAAUAGUUCUACCUGGAACCAAAAAGGGUUCUCCUAUGGGGACAGGAACCCUUUUGGAGCUCUUUCUUCUAAGAGUGUACCAUUUACAAAACAGACAUAGUUUGAUGUGAGAGUUUGAUAUGUUCUGAAUCCAUUUCCUUUUUAAUUACAGAUUAACCAUGAUCCAUACAGGAAGAUAUCUGGGGAUUAUCCACUCUGUGAUAAGUGCAUAUGGUGUGCUUUUGAAACCCAUCCCCAAUCCUAUGGUGAACAUACUGUCCUUCAUGUUUUAGUUUAGCCUUAGACGGAGGAACGCUGAAAGAAGCAUUGAUUUCUCUCUGCUUCUUCUUGUGUUUCUCCCACAAAGAGGUGUCUAGGUCGUGUCUAGUUGGUGUCUGGAGCAGUGGAAGCGGAGGGUGGAGAGGAACGGUAGAGGCGGGAGGAAGGGGAGGGAGGAAAGGAGCAGUGGCGACGAGGGGAAGGGGAGACCUAUGACCUCUAGUCUGCACACUGUGUUUACUCGCUUUAGCGUUUAUUUUUCUGUCUCUCACUUUUCCUCCCAGCAGUGGAGAAGGCUGGGGUGGGUAUAAACUGUGCUGGAGCGAGACUGGAGAGAGAGCAGGUGAGGGAGACAGAGACAGACAGAGAGAGAGAAGGAGGCCUACAGAACUCUCUGCUCUGGGCCACAGAA